CUGGUGGCUUUGUGGACCUGUGGCUGCUUCUGCCGGGAGAAACGAUGGGAGGAGUCAGGCCAGAUGGGUCCUAUCUGUGAGGGUGCCGAUCCUGAGCCUUAGGGAACCGGUCUUCCUGUGGGACCCCUCCCAGCGCGGGUUGUAAUCCCCUUGCACAAACUGGCCGGAGCAAACUGCAGAACCAGAGGGCUGCUUUGAAUCAGCAGAUCCUGAAGGCUGUGCGGAUGCGGAAUGGAGCCGAGAACCUUCUGAAAGUAGCCACAAACCAGAAGGUGCGGGAGCAGGUGCGCCUGGAGCUCAGCUUCGUCAACUCCGACCUGCAGAUGCUGAAGGAGGAGCUGGAGGGGCUCAACAUCUCCGUGGGAGUGUACCAGGGCACAGAGGAAGCAUUUACCAUCCCCCUGAUUCCUCUUGGCCUGAAGGAAACCAAAGAAGUUGACUUUUCAGUCGUCCUCAAGGACUUUAUCCUGGAACAUUACAGUGAGGACAGCUGUCUGUACGAGGACGAAAUCGCGGACCUUAUGGACCUGAGGCAGGCUUGUCGGACCCCUAGCCGAGAUGAGGCUGGGGUGGAGCUGCUCAUGUCUUACUUCGUCCAGCUGGGCUUUGUGGAGAGCAGGUUCUGCCCACCCACCCGGCAGAUGGGGCUCUUAUUCACCUGGUACGACUCCUUCACUGGGGUUCCGGUCAGCCAGCAGAACCUGUCGCUGGAGAAAGCCAGCAUUCUCUUCAACAUCGGGGCCCUCUACACCCAGAUCGGGACCCGGUGCAACCGGCAGACGCAGGCUGGCCUGGAGAACGCCAUGGAUGCCUUCCAGAGAGCUGCAGGUGUUUUAAACUACCUGAAAGAGACCUUCACUCACACUCCGAGCUACGACAUGAGCCCCGCCAUGCUCAGCGUUCUGGUCAAAAUGAUGCUUGCCCAAGCCCAAGAAAGUGUGCUUGAGAAGGUGUGUCAUCCCGGGAUCCAGAACGAGUUCUUCAUGCUGGUGAAGGUGGCUCAGGAGGCUGCUAAGGUGGCCGAGGCCUACCGGCAGCUGCAUGCGGCCAUGAGCCAGGAGCCGGUGAAGGAGCACGUCCCUUACUCCUGGGCCAGCGUGGCCUGCGUGAAGGCCCACCACUACGGGGCCCUGGCCCACUACUUCGCCGCCACCCUCCUCAUUGACCACCAGCUGACGCGCAGUGCAGACGACGACCACCAGGAGAAGUGCCUCUCUCAGCUCUACCGCCGCAUGCCAGAGGGGCUGACGGCCCUGGGCACGCUGAGGAACGACCAGCAGCGGUGCCAGCUGGGUAAAGCCCAUCUGCUCCAAGCCAUUGGCCACCAUGAGGAGUCGCUGAGGGAGGCCAACCUGUGCAAGAAGCUGCGCGACAUUCAGGUGCUCCGGGACGUGCUGUCUGCCGCACAUCAGCGCACCCAGCUCAAGUACUCCCAGCACAGGGCAGACGAUGACCUCCUGAACUUCUCUGCGGCUCCGGAUGUUGUUCCGAAAACUGAGCAAGAGGUUGGAAUUAUAUUGCCCCAGUUCUCCAAGGUGACAGUAGUGGACUUCUUCCAGAAGCUGGGCCCGCUGACAGUGUUUUCCGCCAACAAGAGAUGGACACCUCCUCGAAGCGUUCACUUCACCGCGGAGGAAGGGGACCUGGGGUUCACCUUGCGGGGGAACACCCCGGUCCAGGUGCACUUCCUGGACCCUCACUGCUCUGCUGCGAUUGCAGGAGCCAAAGAAGGGGAUUACAUUGUUUCCAUUCACGAUGUGGACUGUAAGUGGCUGACGGUGAGUGAGGUCAUGAAACUGCUGAAGAGCUUCGGUGAGGAUGAGGUUGAGAUGAAGGUCGUGAGCCUCCUAGACCCCACGUCGUCCAUGCAUAACAAGUGUGCCACAUACUCUGUGGGGAUGCAGAAAACCUACUCCAUGAUCUGCUUGUCCAUGGACGAUGACGAUAAAACUGAUAAAGCCAAGAAAAUCUCCAAGAAGCUUUCCUUUUUGAGUUGGGGCACCAGUAAGAGCAGACAGAAGUCGGCCAGCACGCUCUGCCUCCCGGCGGUGGGCCUGGCGAGACCCCAGGCGAAGAAGAAGCUCGCCCCCCCCUUCAGCCUGCUCAACUCGGACAGUUCCCUGUACUGACGGGCCGUUUCCAGGACUGACUGGCCGUGGGAACCUCUGUGCUGUCACGAAAAUCCUCUCCUCCCAGCGCACAUUGUGUUUGAUAUGCUUCCGUGAGAGGAACUAGAAACCUCCAGGGAGCUGCGGGGACCCUCGAGGAGUUUCAGUAUACUGCUGUGAUUAUUUAUUCUCUAAGGAAAUGUACAGAGCACAGCGUUCACGUCUGCUGGGGCUGCCAGCCUGUGGUACGGUCAAGAGCUUAACGGCGGUCACCUACUCGGCUCUCUGUGUCUAGUUGUGAGUCCUCAGCUUAGAGCUGGGCAGCCCUUUGGGUGAAGGCCAGUCCUGGGCGUUCCUAGAAUCUGCUGCCCCCCACAUGGAAUUCAUUCACUGAAGACGGUAAUACAUCACUGUCAUUUCUACAGAAUACGAAUGCCAUGUCCAGAUAGGGUUUAGUGCCAAAUUUGUCUUACUUUUGUUUUUGGCAGUGCUAGGGAUUGAACCGCUGUCAAGAAAUAAAAACAGUCCCAGAGCAGCUUCCUGUAGCUCCAUUCCACUGACCAGCUGCUGACACGUGGCGGGUAGGACAUACUGUCUACAGGGUAGAUACACGCUGUGUGAUACUCAAAACAUUGCUUAAAGUAGAAAGUACACCCAUAACUGUGUAUUUUGAGUCUUGGGUAAGAAAGUAGUUUUAUAUUUUAUAAGGUAAUGAUGCAAACUGUUCAAGGACACUCUUAUCUACUUGAUCUUCUUGGCUAUACAUUGGAUGACACCGUGACUAGGAAGGUUCAUGGUAGACAUAGUAUAAAUGAUCGUUUUAAGAACUAACCAAGGUUUAAAUAUUUUUCUAUUGUGCAAUAUCUUAAGGGAAGCAACCACCUUUAGGAGCUAUUCCUAGAGCUGUUUAUUUGUGUAAAUAUUUAAAUAAAUAUACUCAUUCACCUGA